AUGACCUCACUCCCCCUGUAUGACGCUGUGGUCCCUUCUAUUACCAAGGGAUUAAAGACCUUUGAUCACAUCCUCACCAAGACGGAAGAGUAUGCCAAAGAGAACAACCUCAGCGUGGACGAGGUAUUCGUCGAAGCCCGUCUGAUCGAGGACCAAAAACCCCUGGUUUUCCAAGUCCAGAACGUUUCCAAAAUCGUUCGAAUCGCCUUCGCACGUUUGACGGGCAAGGAGCUGGAAACUCUCGAAGACAAUGAGCAGACUUUGGCGGAGUUGCACAAGCGCAUCCAGAGCACAUUGGAGCUGGUGCAGACGGUGGACGCUUCGGUAGCCAAUGGCCGUGCCGCAGAGUCAGUCGAGCUGGCUGCCGCUGGGCAUAAGAAGACGUUGACGGUGCAGGAUGCUCUUCUGUACCACAGCUUGCCUAACUUCUUCUUCCACCUCGUUACCGCCUACUCGAUUCUCCGCGCGAAGGGUGUGCCGCUAGGCAAGUUUGAUUACCUCGGCAGCUUCCUCGGGGUUUUCUAG